GGGGAUUUCUUCUGCUCACCAUAACAAACAAUCAUUUUCUCACCAUAACGAAGAAGGAGAAACAGAGAAACGAGAAUGAGGUUCCUCGUCGGCUUCACUGUUUUACUUACCUCCGUCAUCGCUCUCUUAAUCUACGGCGCCACUUCACCGGCGAAUCUUACCGGCGACGAUUUCAAGUUCCCUGCCCCUUCUAUCAUCCGCGUCUUCUUCAACGGCGCCAGUUCACCGGCGAAUCUUACCGAUCGAACAUACUCGCUCCACUACGACUACUACUGUGAAUCUUGCCCCAGCGUUACCGCUCCUUCUAUCAUCCGCGUCCUCUUCUCCGAUGCUUCAUUGAGUGAAAAUAGAAACUUAGAAGUGUGUUUCCUUUUUUCUCUAUGCAUUUCAGGCUUUAAAGAGUAUGAAACACUCUCUACUGAGAACAAUGCAUCUCCAAACCUUUCCUUGAAAGGGUUUGAUGUUAUUGACGCCAUUAAGUCUGAGCGGGAGUAUGUUUCUCCUGGAGGCUGGUACUCGAGUAUAUCGUCUGGUGACUGUAAGAAAUUCAGUGCAGUGGCCUUCAAGCUUCCUGCACCACAGGCUACUCUCUCUCUCCUUCUUGCAAGUGCUGCUUCCAGAGUAUUCAGCGAGAGAGAAACCGUCAUUUUAUCCGGUGCUCACAGCUUAGGCAUUAAGCACUGCACUUUUUUUGAGAACAGCCUCUACAACUUCUCAGGAACCGGGAAGCCUGACACUGAGCUAGCGGAUGCUUGUCUAGGAGUUGUUUCCUGUUCCAGCCUUGUCCUGGGUGCUAGAGAAGCCGGCCUUCUGGGAUUCGCAGAUGAAACACUUGCUACUGAGAGCAAAUCAUCUCCAAACCUUUCCUUGAAAGGGUUUGAUGUUAUUGACGCCAUUAAGUCUGAGCGGGAGUAUGUUUCUCCUGGAGGUCUUUACUGUGCCGAGCCUCCUGUCUUUUUCGAGCCUCCUGUCUUUCGCAAGUUUCCUCGCUUCCCUGCUAGAGAAGCCGCCCUAGUGGCUGAUCCUCGAGCAUAUCCUCUGGUGACUGUAAGAAAAAACAUGUUGAUUGUUUCGGCUGUGUUAGCUGCAUCGGUUUGGGCUGUGUUAGCUGCAUCGGGAAUGCUGGGAGUAGGAUAUGUUUGGAUCAAAUUUCAGAGAUGGUUAAGCUCCUAUCGUAGAGAUAUGAAUGCUUUUUCCAAACAUUUGGAUGAAAAGAUAAAUGAGGCGGCGCUCAAACUUGAUGAAAUAGGCAGAGAUGCCGAACAGACAAGAAAUGUGGUUGCUGAUAUAAAUAGUCAGAUCAGGGAUUUGCGUGAAGAAAUGAGAGCUGGUUUUGCACAAGUGGCCGAUAGAGGUGAUCAACAGUUGAUUUUGGACAUUCUGUCUCAUAUCUCUUCACAAAUUGGUGUAGACGUCCAACAUUUGGCGGGUGGAGGCGGUGACGUCCAGCCUGUGGCGCAUGGAGGCGGUGACGUCCAGCCUGUGGCGCAUGGAGGCGGUGACGUCCAGCCUGUGGCGCAUGGAGGCGGUGACGUCCAGCCUGUGGCGCAUGGAGGCCGUAUCUUGACUAUUACCCAGGGAAUAAGAUCUGUCUUACCAAGAAUCUUCGGUCGUCAGCAUUAGCGACUUAUAUGUUACGCAAGUCCGUCCAGUUUGUUGUCGAAUGAAUUCUUGGACUUGUUUCUGGUCAUAUGAUUUGCUGAACGGUUGUUCAUAGUUGAGGAUUCUUCUAAGUUUGAGAUUGUCUGCAUUUUUUUUUGCAAAAUUGAGGUGAUUAGAGUAAAAUGUGUGGUGAAGG